UAUUUAUGUUAUUUUUAAAAAAAAUAAAAAUAAAAAUAAAAAUAAAAAUAAAAAUGAGAGUCCUCGAAAAUCACAAAGCUUUGACAGCCUUUUUGAUGCGAAUAAAUAGUGGACACACAGUCACACACCACAGUCCACAACUCGCAAUACAUUUUCCUCCGCCGUAACAUUUUUACCUUUUCCCACAAUUCCAAAUGAGGACUUCCAUGUUGAAAUCCAUCGUUCGCCGGACCUCCACUUCCGGCGCAUCCUAUGUUUCCCGCCGGGGACUCUCAUCGGGAUCCGCGCCGGAGAGGAAAGUCGCCGUUUUAGGAGCUGCCGGCGGGAUCGGCCAGCCUUUAUCACUUCUAAUGAAGCUUAAUCCUUUAGUAUCUAGACUUGCACUGUAUGAUAUCGCCGGUACUCCUGGUGUUGCCGCUGAUGUUAGUCAUAUCAACACCAGAUCUGAGGUUGCAGGUUUUGCAGGAGAAGAGCAGCUAGGGCAGGCUCUAGAAGGAGCUGAUGUGGUUAUCAUCCCUGCUGGGGUGCCCCGAAAGCCUGGUAUGACUCGUGAUGACCUGUUCAACAUUAAUGCGGGUAUUGUUAAAUCUCUUUGCACGGCCAUUGCUAAGUAUUGCCCCAAUGCUCUUGUCAAUAUGAUCAGCAAUCCUGUGAAUUCCACUGUCCCAAUUGCUGCCGAGGUGUUUAAGAAGGCUGGAACUUAUGAUGAAAAGAGGCUCUUUGGAGUUACCACACUUGAUGUGGUUAGGGCCAAGACUUUCUAUGCUGGAAAAGCCAAAGUAAAUGUCGCUGAGGUCAAUGUCCCAGUAGUUGGUGGUCAUGCUGGCAUAACUAUCCUCCCCUUAUUUUCUCAAGCCACUCCAAAGGCAAAUCUAUCAGAUGAGCAGAUUGAGGCACUCACAAAGCGAACACAAGAUGGUGGCACAGAAGUUGUUGAGGCCAAGGCUGGAAAGGGUUCGGCCACCCUCUCAAUGGCCUAUGCUGGUGCUAUUUUUGCCGAUGCUUGCUUAAAGGGGUUGAAUGGCGUUCCCGAUGUUGUGGAGUGUUCUUUUGUGCAGUCCAACGUGACGGAGCUUCCCUUCUUUGCAUCCAAGGUGAGACUCGGGAAAACUGGAGUGGAGGAAGUCCUAGGCUUGGGCCCACUUACAGACUACGAGAAGAAAGGACUUGAAGCUCUUAAGCCAGAGUUGCUCUCCUCCAUUGAAAAGGGAAUCAAGUUUGCCAAUGCAAGCUAAAAUCAAGUUUAUGAUCUAGUUCUCCAAUGACAGUUUUGGAUCCUUUUGGGCAAUUGUGUUGUGUAUCCCCUGCAAGUUUCUUGCAGUCGGAGGCAUAGAUUUAGUUCUUUCGAUGUACACCGAUGAUUCUAGAAAAUAAUGAUUGGCAAACUGGUGGCAAUGCAUUUGCCUUAGCGUGGAGGUGUUAUUCUCACAUAGAUCAUUUUUCAAUUACGGUUAGAUGCAAGGCAGUUGGUGUGCGAUGAAGAAUGUUCAUGAACAAUUACUGUAUUUAAGAACAGUUUAACUCUUUCAGUCAUUAUAUUUUUGAAUGCAAUCGGGCAUUAUUUGGAAUCUCAA